AUGGGGAACCGAAAUAUGUUGGUGGGGGUCAUGAGUGAAUAUUUGGAUGUUGAUGUGGAUACCCUAUCCUAUUUUGAGUUGAAGGAUUAUAUUAAAGAAUUAGGGUACAACUCAAGUUGUAAAUUUAGUAUUCAGCCACAUAAUUGUGGCAUUUUAGGAGAUAUUGAAAAUGACAAGGCUCUUUUAGCAAUUGGUAAGUCUUUACAACACAGGGGUGUUUUGGAAGUAUAUGUGCACAUGCCUGAAAAGGAAUCUUGUUCACCUUUUAAUAAAGGGUCUACUUUUAAUUGUUCUGUUGCUCAGUCAAACACUGUUGCUCCUUCAAACACUGUUGUUGCUCCUUCAAUCACUGCUGCUACUCCUCCAAACACUGCUCCUCCUCCACACACUGCUCCUUCAAAUAUAGCUGCUCAUGCAGAUCCAAUUGUUGUUCCAGCAUACACAACAGCUGCUCUUUCAAAUCCAGAAUCUUCUCAAACUGAAGAUUACUCAAGUGAAGAUGGGUCUGAUGAAUCAACUGAAGAUAGUGAUUAUUGUGAAGACAAUGAUUUUUUUUGGGGGGAUGAUUAUGGCAGUGAUGUACAUGAGGAGUACAUAAAGAUUAGGAAGGAAAGUAGGUCAUUUCAAAGGAGAAAAAGAAAGGAGAAAGUUGUUGUUGAUACUAAAGAUGUACCAUGUGGUGAUGCUGGGCUAGAUCUUGGUUUUGAUGAGACUGAAACAUGUAAAACAUGUGUAGAAGGAGGGCUAGGUGGUGAUGAACCAUAUUAUCCAAGUUCCAAUGCUUGUAGCUUUGAAACUGAUGAAAAUGAAUGUUGGAAUGAAGAUGGGGACAGGAAGGUAAAGCUAACAAAAAGGAGAUCUACAUCUACAAAGAGUGUGAAGUUUGAUAAAACAUGUAAAAAGAUUGUAUGGCAGUUGGGUAUGAUCUUUGAGAGUGUUGAUGACUUUAGAGAUGCAGUAGUAACUAGGUAUGCACUACAAAAAAGAGUUCUGAUUGAAAAGCAUGUAAAUGAGCCAACUAGAUUCAGGGUGAGGUGCACCAAGGAUAACUGCAAUUGGCUUUUGUUUGUAAGCUUGGAUAGUGUAAGUAAUAAUUUUGUUAUAAGGACUUACAAUCCAGUUCACAAGUGUGAGAGGGCCUCCAGAAAUUAUUUGUGCAAUUCUAAAUUCUUGGCCAAUGCCUUUAAAGAUAGAAUAACUGAACAACCAAACAUAAGAGUAUUCAAGUUGCAAGAAUUAAUAAAGAAGAAAUUCAAAGUUCAUGUUGGUAAAACCAUAGCCACGAGAGCAAGAGCUAAAGUACUGCAGCAAAUAAUGGGUGAUCAUAAUGUGAAGUUUGGUAGAAUUCUUGAUUACAGGGAUGAGUUGUUAAGGACCAACCUUGGGAGCACUUGUGUUGUGAAGCUUGGUGAACCUGAUAAACUUGGGAGGCCAGUGUUUGUAAGCUUUUACAUCUGUUUUAAGGCACUGAAAAAUGCAUUCUUGUGGUGUAAAAAAUGCAAAAGCUUCGAUGGUUGUUUCCUGAAGGGUGUAAGCAGGGGGCAACUACUAGUUGUUGUGGCUAAGAAUGGUAAUAAUCAAAUGCUUCCACUUGCUUGGGCAGUAGUUGAAUAUGAGAAGAAAACUACAUGGUCAUGGUUCUUAACUUUGCUGAAGGAAGACUUGGGAUUAGGUGAUGGCACAUGCUUCAUUUGAUCACUGACAUGCAAAAGUAAUUUACAAGGAUUGGAUUCAGCAAUUAAGGAAUUCUUUCCAGCUUGUGAACAAAGGGUGUGUGUUAGACACAUCUUAGCUAAUUGGUC